AUGCCCGGAGCUCCGAAUCAAACACAGCGUCGUAGCGCACAUAUUCGUUAUGCCAAUUGGGGUUGGAGCGGAUACGCUUGCGGUACAUCCCACCUGCAGAGAUCACAUCGGAGCAUAGCGUGGAACUGGAGUAUGGGUCAAUGGCCCAUGCGAGUUCGAAUUGUGCAGGAGGUCUUGGCGCUGAUGAGGGUUGCCGACUACCUAGCAGCCGCAGACCCGUCGGCACUCCAACCACCUGGGUUCAUCGACUUUCUUCCAGCGCGAAUCAUUGCUGCUUUUGACCACCUCCCACAAGGUGCCCACCCCCUCGUCAUCUCGACCAAACACCAGACGAUUAUAUGUCCCUUGAUCAGGCAUCUUACUCCCUUCCGCAAGUCCGAUUACUUUCUAGGCUCUAUGCCCGUAGACGUGGACGACCUCGCAUUUUGGAAACGGAAAGAUGCACUUCCAGACCUCGUCAUACACCUGACCUCUCUGACCGUCCCUACCAAAUAUAAUGAUUCGGAGAUCUCACGACCAGCCUGCAAUGGCAAGAUGGAGGAGGGGUUGGCAGCAACAGCUAGUGGCAUUUUUGGAUCUACUUGUCAACUUGUGACUUGUGGCUCGUUUGGACUCGUUUGGACUCGCUUGAUCAACGGUCUGGUUCAGUCCGGUUCUUUGCCCCGAAAACAGGCAACCGCAGACCGCAACCGGUCUAGGACCAACCCAGAUAUUGAGGGAACCAAACCGGACCACCUAGGACCGGUCUUUUGCGGUCCAUGGACCGCGUUCAAACUGAUUCAGACCGGUCUUUUUGCGUAA